AUGGACCUUAUACGCGCACCAAUCAACUAUUUUAGAUGUCGUCCCUCCAAAAAGACUAAAGCCUCAGCAGUGUCAACCUUUCGCUCUACCUCUCAACCAGCUACAUCUGGUGUCAUCCCUGGCUGGUCUUCCAUUGUGGAAGCUAGUGUGCCAAAUCACAACAAGAAACCUGCUUUUCCCUACGGAAAAAUAGCUUCACUAGUUCAGCAUUCGCAGCCAGCUCCAAACAGCUUGUCCACAGAUUCAUGCACAUCAGGCAGGAACACCUCAGUAAAUCCCUUCUCAGGACUCGAUGAUCAUCCUGAUCUCCCCAAUGUUCCUCCAGACGUCGAAAUCAUCAAGGUGCAGAAGCCAAUUAUUUCUGUAGGUCGCAUCAAUUUGUUUCAAACUGUCGCCUUAUCUCAGAUGGAGCAGAAAUUGUCAUCUCAAAGAGCUCCAACAUGUGGUGUUUCGCCUCGAGACAGUGUAGGGGAGGCACAGAGGCAAACGAGUACUGAUUACAUACCAGAAUGGCCUGCCACCUCGUCAAGUGUGUCGAAGGAGCAAGGAGAUCGAGUAUGGCCUGAUCCGUCUCCAAGCGUGCCACUGUCACUUUUUCGCUUCGCCGUACCGCUCGAUUCUUCUGACGAUGAUGCCCCAUCGUCCACUCAGCUCAAGAACAGUGACUCUAAGUUCAGGUCCGAUGUUGACAUGGACGCCCCAAUGUCUGCCCAGCCUAGCAAGAGAUCCAAAGUCGACCCAGAGCCCAGCUCCAAUCACGAUAUGGAUCAUACUAAUAACACCGUUGACAGCGUUGACAAUAAUGCCAUUGAGAUCGACAAUCGCCUCAGCGACAUUGAGGGUCCCAACAAUGACAACCCCAGCGACGUUGACGAUAAUGCUAGUGAUCGGAGUGAUACUCUUGUGAAGGAGAAUAGGGAUGUCAGUAUGGAUAACAGGGAAGACUGCGACUUGAGGUGCAAGGACAGGAACAACCGCAAAACUAUGGAGCAUAAAAUACAACUUAAACCCAAUUCUUCCAGGCAACGUAGUGUCCAGUCCCUCAAGCGCUAUGCCUUCAAGACACAUAUUCAAAUUUCACAAGAUAAGCUCUCCGCAAAUAGCGCCCAGUCGAAGGGUAUGAUGGCCCUCGCCAUUGCCAAGACAUCAUCCACGGCUAACGCCAAGUCAAAGCAGAAGUCUUUGAUGCGACGUGGACUAGCGACCUGCGAAGCUGAUGACAAUGCCACAGACCGUGAUAAUGACACAGACUUUGAUGGAAGUGGCAGCACCGCUCAUGUCCAAGGAAAGAUGCACCACCGUAAACGCCAACCGAGCCAAAAAUUUCGGAACGAGGAUCUUCCACCUGGAACAAUUCGUCAUUUUAGGACGAAGAAGAAUGAUCCGGUGUUCUUCCUAAUCAAGCAAUGCACGUACAACUGGCGCAGCAUGCAGGUCACAGGCUUUGAUACACCUGUUGAAAUUGAAGCAUACGUUGAAUGGGCCGUCCCCCAAACUCAGGCCUUUCAUGAUGAUGAAGGCAGAGGAAACGCUCCACCUCCGAUCUUCCCAUUCAUGUGGGCCAAUGUUGACGAGAGCGACUCUGAGAAUCCAAUAGGGAAGGGGCCGUUUCAGCACAAGACAAUCCUCGAUACAUUUGCCUUCUAUCUCGAAAGUAUAGCUGCGAUACCUGACAGCCUCCGGAAGACCUCGUCCCCCAAAGCUGCACUUGCCCUUGCAACUGUCGUGGUCGAGAGAGCAUGGAAGCAAUGGGCUACAGGUGAAUUAGUCCAGGGCUCAUUCGAUGAUAAAUUUUCGUCGGCGAUGUGGAAUCUUCCAACACAAGAGGUCCUUGAAUCCAUCGACAAACUCAAACCUCGCACAUGGACAAAAAUACUCGAAGGAGCUGCGCACUUCAUUGGGGCCCAUAAGCCCAAGUCCAUAUGA